UAACACUUGUAUCAGUUCCCACAGGCACAAUGGUUGAUAUUCUCAAUAAAUCUCCAUGCAAAGAAAGUGGUAGUCCGAUUAAACUUAAAGGCAAUGAACAAUGUUCAUCUGUUGUUGCCACUGCUACAUUUAAUGAUGGGAUCAUUGGCCUAGUAAAUUUUUUUCAAGACCCAUGCGGUCGCACAUUUAUUAGUGGACUUUUUCAUAAAGGAUUUGAUCCUAAUUCAAAAUACGCAUUUGAAAUUAUUGAUGGCUGUGGAGCUGUUGUCCGUAAUAUUACUGAUGAUUUAGGAAUCAUUAUCGAAGAAGAUGGAAGCACUAAAUCGUUCAUUAAGAAGAUUAGUAACCUUAACCUUAAUUGUGAUCCAUCCAGUGUUCUGUCGCCAAGUAAUUCCUCUUGUUCUAAUCAAAACAAACGGGCAAACCCCGCCUAUAUGUCGGCACGACGAGCUACUUAA